GUUCCAUAAUGAUUCGUUGAGGGUAUCGAAAUGAUCCUCGAAUAGCAGUUGACCGCCGGCUGAAAUUACAUUCGUCGACGUGGCGCUUUGUUCUGUGUUUGGCGUGGACUCUUGGCCGACAAACGCUGUUAUUAAUUCAACGACUGUCAAGGAAGCUUCUACGAGUCACGACGAUCCUCCCGAUAAGACUUCUUGAUUGUCACAUCCUUUCCUUCCGCAUUAUGCACUGAUCCUCGCGCGAGACCCACCAGGUCAUGUUGGAAUAGAAAACUGCUGCUGUCAAACGGAGCUCCAUAGCAGAUCUAUGAAAGCGCCACUACUCUCAGGAAUCUCCGUGUUUCACGCUAGCCGUGGAAUUUGUUUAAUCGAUAGAACCUCAAGGAGACUAUCAUGUUCACCAUUAUAAGAAGAUCUGGCAUAAUUUCAAGACUGCCGUGUAGUUUAUUCAACAAAUCCUCAAUCGGACGAGUUGUGUCGCGAUUUAAUAGAUGUAACAGCUACGUUGGAGGUUAUGUUAGUCGUAAUUCAACGCGAUUUUUAAGUAAACAUUAUAGAAAACCGCUUCGAGCAUCUAUACAGAGAUUUAGUUCAAGCUCUGAUUCAUCAUAUUCGACAGAAUUUGAACUUAAUACUGUGCAAUAUCAUAAAAUCUGUAAUGAGACGUUGGAGUCAUUAACUGAGUAUUUCGAAGAAUUGAUUGAAGCAGCAAGCCAUCUACCAGAUGCUGAUGUACUUUUUGGAGAUGGUGUACUGACUGUCAAGUUUGGCAAACCGUAUGGUACUUAUGUUAUAAAUCGUCAAACUCCAAAUAAACAGAUCUGGCUGUCCUCACCAAAGUCUGGACCUAAACGUUAUGAUUUUAAAAAUGGUCAAUGGAUAUAUAAACAUGAUGGCAAAUCGAUACACGAAUUGCUCAAUAAUGAGAUACCAGCAAUUGUGAGGAGUCAAGUGCGCUUUGACAAGUGUUCCUAUAGUGGCAGAGAGAAACAAGCUGUGAUGGAUAGUCUUGCUUCCCGAGAUUAAUGCUAGUGAAGAUUUAAUUAUGAUUUAGCACAAGCCUAUUAUAUAUAAUACUUAAUAUUAUAUAUAUAAUAUUAAGGUUUAUAUUGUGGACAAAUGACUUUCAAAUCAAGAUAAAUUGGUUUUUAUUAAUUUUUGAUGCAAUUAUUAUAAUUUGCAUAUGAUAUUAUCUUUACAUCUGGAACCAUUCUAUGUGGAAGUGUGAUAAUACAAAUGCAUAUCUAUGCAAUCAAAUUAUGAUGUUAGAAAGUUGCAUUGAUGUGUUUAAUUAAUUCCCAACGUUACUUACAUCGUAUAGAAUAUUCCACAGCACACGAUCUCGCGGCGGAGAAUAUAUAAUAUAUAUAUGAUACAUAUGUACAGAAAUCAUUAAAGGACUGAUUUGUAAAAUUUGUACAUAAAUUUGUACAAAACUACUGCAGAAGAAUAUUGACAUUACAUGUGGUAGCUUAUAGAUUCUUGAUGUAAGUAAAUAUAAUAUGUUAUAGACGA